ACAUGCGCGGAUACGUGUCGUUUGCCUCCCCUAAGCUCACGCUCUCCCUCCUCGCAUUCCAUGGCCCAUGCUCCGUGGCAGACCGGGUCUUUGUCUCCAUAACUCCAUUAAACAUCGCCACAUCCAUGUUACUCUAGUAUUCCACACAGCCCUUUAAAGGGACCACCUCACGGCCUCCUUCUCCUCCCUCCAUGUCCAUGGACUCGUGGUGUCGAGGGCAACCCAGCUGAGUAUUAACUCACAGUCACAGUUCUUGUCUACCUAGUUGCACUAACUCGAGCCGUGCAGAUGCGAAGUUGUGACAAUUAGGUAGGAGGCUGAUCGAGUAGCUAGCUAGGAGGAAAGCCAUGGCGCUAGAAGCUGUGGUGUUCCCCCAGGAGCACCUUGCGUGCGCGGCCAAGGCGGCCGUGGCGUCACUUGGCUGCGACAUCGACAUUGACGAGCUCGAGGACAAGGGCGGCAUAGUACUACAAGAAGAGACCGACGCGCUGCCGCCCGGCGCCGGUGCGGCCACCACCUGGGACGCGCCGCUUUGCCCGUGCUCCAUUGCUCCUGGCGCCCUGGAGGAGUGCUGGGAAGCGCAGCACCGCUCCAUGUCGCCGCCGCCGGUGCCGCCCGCGCUAGCGCCCGGACGCGGCAAGGCGGCCGCGGCAGCCUCGCGGAGGCGGCGACGGCGCCCGAAGGUGGUGAAGAACAAGGAGGAGAUGGAGAGCCAGCGGCGCAACCACAUUGCCGUGGAGCGCAACCGGCGGCGGCAGAUGAACGAGUACCUCGCCGUGCUCCGGUCCGUCAUGCCACCCUCCUACGCUCAGCGGGGUGACCAGGCGUCGAUCGUGGCAGGCGCCAUAAACUUCGUCAAGGAGCUGGAGCAGCUGCUGCAGUCGCUGGAGGCACAGAAGCGCAGCACGCAGCGCUCCGAGCCACCGGCGGUGCCGUUCGCCGGAUUCUUCACGUUCCCUCAAUACUCCGCCGGCGCGACCGGUGUUGCUGGUGCCGGUGACAGUGCGAGCUCCGGCGGUUAUCAGAGCGGCGGCUGCGCGGUGCUCCGGGGCGCGGCCGACAUCGAGGUGGCCGUGGCGGAGAGCCACGCGAACGUGAAGGUGCUCGCGCCGCGGCGGCCGAGGCAGCUGCUGAGGAUAGUGGUGGCGCUGCAGUGCCUCGGGCUCACAGUGCUCCACCUCAACGUCACCACCACCGCCGACCACCUGGCGUUUUACUCCUUCAGUCUCAAGAUGGAGGAUCAAUGCCGACUAUCGUCGGCCGAUGAUGUCGCGGCCGCGGUGAACGAGAUAGUCGCGAAGAUCUCCGAUGAGUGUGUUAGUCAGUUAGCUAAUUACCUGAAAAAUUAAGGAAGUGUCAUGUAACAUUGGUCCGAUGCUAGUACAUGGAUGACUCUGGCAGGUGGCAAUUAGCACCAUUGUCAGGGCACUGCGCAGUACUACUCCAUGUUUGCGUGCAAGUAAACAUGUAUCGAUUGGACCUGCUUAAUUUUUCUAGUACACAUCUCUCGGCACCAAUUGUUUCCACUGAUUAGAGAUGCCUGCGUGUGCACACGGGGAUCUGAUGAACUGGUGGACCGGUUUUCUCUGACAAGUCAGCAUGCAUUCACCAGAUAAGAAUUAGCAUGGAUUAUUCAGAUUAGUGGGGCACUCUAAUCCCUAUUUUGUCUGAUGACAGAAUUGGCCCG